AAUGAGGUCUUUCCACUCUUAUCUUUAGGCGGCGCGUGUGGCGUGUACCUCCAGUGAAUUUGUCGUGUCUAGUGUAAUGUGUAGUAUUUGUACUUGUGGCUAGGCUACCCAACACCCAAUACCCAACCAUUCGACCUUUGUCCUUUGUUUCUGUGUUUCGAGCACAGUGGAUAUUGGCCUGCACUGCACUCUGAUUCUGAUGUGACUAAUAAUUGAACUGGUGAAAUGUGGCUCAGAGUCCUACAGUAUAUAUUUUUCAUCUAUAUCCAAGUGUCACAGUGCACCCGAGAUAUGACAUCUGUAAUUGUGUAUGGCAAAGCUCUUCUGUUCGCUGGAACAUAAUACUGUACCAGCGCGUAGUGGAACUGGCGUCUGCCAAAAGCUCGCAAUCAGCUGAGUGGUCUAUGAGUUCAUUGAUUAAAGUGUUGAGCUGACGCUGUCGUUUCUUUCUUUGCGAAUCUUAUCAGGGAGCAGUAGCAGCUAAAAUGAAAAAAGCCCAUUACAGGCACCGAGAGGCACUCAUGUGUACUCUAAUCAAUAUCACCAGGUCAACGAGGCAUAAUGACUGGAUCAGUCCACGACCCGAAAUGGAGCCUGGAGCGACGCGAGUCGUCGGGACAUUUGGUUUGGCGCAAGGAGUCGCCAGAAUCGAAAGUGCGCUUUCGGUUUGAUGUCGAGGUCCUGGAGUUUGAAAAGCAUCCACACGAAGAGUUUGAGGAAAAAGAAGAUCACUUCUCAAUCUCAAAUCUUUCAACGACAAUUGCUUUCUGCGCCACAUGUGUCGCCGUUGUAGCCGCAACUGUGUUUCUACCCUGGUAUCUUAUGGAGAGAGUUGGUUCAAUAUGAAAGCUUUCGGUAAAGGGCUUAAAUACAUUUAUGUACUAUAUGUACAUACAUCCGAUCCGUGACGGUAUUAAAUAGACUUUUGUGUAUAUGCAACGUAGAUUUUAAAUUAGCUUAAAGUGUAAAUAGUGCAGUGUAAAUAUGACUAUACGAAGAAAGAGCGUUUUUGAAAAUGAUGUGACUUAUGUAUAUCAGUUUUGAAAUCAGGAUUAUAGGAUCUGAUCUACAAAUUCUCAUAAGUUUAUUUGAGGUGUAGCUAAUGUCAGAUCAAAUGCUGUUGCAGGAGAUCACGAAGACAAUGUAAUAAAUAAACAAAAUACAUACUUGCCUUUAA